AUGUUGACGCCAUUCUUUUGCAGGGUGAGAUCAUUUUUUUUCACUCGUUUGCAAAUGUACAACAACAACAACAACAGUACAGGGUUUUUCCGGGGAUUAAUUUCAUGUCCGGCGGCUCGAUUUUCCGAGGCAGAUGUGAGUACUGCUACGAUUAGGGGUUUGUGCAACGACCUGACUGAUCAAGAACUUGAAAUACAGGAGCUCGAGAAGAAGAUCUGGAAAGACAAACAGCGUUUAAAGCGGCUCAAGGAGAUGUCCAAGAUCAGUAUAGAAAGAAGAUUGUUGAAGCAGCCUGAUGAUGAUCCAGAGGAGCAAGAACAGUCGAGUAGGAGACUGAUGUACCAGGCACAAGAUGGGAUCUUGAAGUACAUGUCUAAGUCAAUGGAGUUUUGUAACGCCCAAGGUUUCGUUUACGGGAUCGUCUUCGAGAACGGUAAAACCGUGGCGGGGUCUUCUGAUAAUCUCCGUGAAUGGUGGAAAGAAAAAGUCAGGUUUGACAGGAACGGACCAGCUGCUAUAGCGAAGUACAACAGGGAGAUGAAUCCUUCCGAACCUUUAGCCUUCUCUGGAGAAGACAACAAUGCUUCUGGUUUUCGUGUUCCUGGAACCGCUCCUGCAACGGAAGUUCUGUUCUCUGAGUCUGCAGAUUAUGAUGUUGAUGGAACUGUUGGAUCUCAUCUUCGUCUCAGUCCGCAUUACCCUGAGUUUGGCAACCACAUCAAUGGUGGUCAUAACAAGAGGAGGUUUGAAGGAGAGUUGGGUAUGUCACUGCAUCCGACAGUUCUAACUUGUGAGAACAGUCUCUGUCCUCAUAGCCAACCACACAUGGGGUUUCACGACAGGGUCUUAAGAGAGAAUCACCAAAUGAAUUGUCCUUAUAAAAAUCCCCAAGAGAGAGCCACUCCUCCCUAUUAUCAACCCACUAAAGUACCCUAUGGUAUGCAUCCUGGUUUAGUGGCUCCUCAUCCGGGUUAUAACCGGAGUUUUCAUGGAACCAAACCGGAGAAUCAAGCGGAAAUGCAGCAGGUUCAGAGCAUUCAUGAACAGUUUGAUCCAUCGAACAAUCUCUGCAGACCAAGAGGAGCACAAGGAGGAGGUAACAAUGAGUACCUCUCUGAUCACCGGUUCGGUCUGGUUGAUAAUUUGAGUCCUUCUACUUCGGCGAUGAAUCAUAAUCCUGGUUUAGUCUUACCUAAUGAAUACAAUGGCAAUGCGGGAACAGUAGGGAUGGAGAACAAUCUGCAGAAUCAAGAAGAAGACUUGGCCAUGUCUCAUUGGGUUGACUAA